GCCUACGCCACCACUCUAGACUGGAGACCGUGGUUCAGCUUACGAGGAUGUCGGUGGUGAGUCGAUUCGUCAAACACCUGGUGAGCUCCAGCCCCCGGCUUCUCCUCCGACCACCUCCAUCUCCAUCGCCGCCACCGUACUGCCCCUCGGCUCUCUCCGUGACCCAAACCACGGGCAUUCCCGAUCUCGUCGCCGCCACCUUCUCAUUCUCCACCGCUUUUUCCAGUCCUUCGCUUUCCUCGUCGGACGGUCCCGCGGUGGAGCCCUCCUCGCCUUCUUAUCUCUCCGUCCGUAUUCGGUGCCCGAAGGACGUCGCAGAUGUGCUUUCAGAAGCUCUUUUAUGCUUUGGUGCGAGUUCGGCAAGUAUGGAUGAGGAAGAUGGAUCUGAAAGUCCUGACGAGAUUUCCAUCAAUUCCAUAUUUCUUCCUAGUGAAGAUGUGGAUGCAUCCGUUUCAAACGCUGCUGAUUCGAUAGGCUUAAAGGACGUACCUGUCUAUGAUAUUGAAGUGUGUGAGCAAGAAGAUUGGGUGACGAAAACUCAGGAAUCGUUUCAUCCUGUCGAAGUGACUGAAGGACUUUGGAUUGUCCCCGAGUGGAAAACUCCUCCGAUUAUUGAAGCUACAAAUAUAAUUCUAAAUCCUGGAUUGGCAUUUGGAACUGGGGAACACCCGACUACAAGAUUAUGUCUAUUGCUGCUUCAUGACCUGAUAAAGGGAGGAGAACACUUGUUGGAUUAUGGAACUGGUUCUGGCAUUCUUGCAAUAGCAGCGCUUAAGUUAGGUGCUGCAGCUGCAGUGGGAUUCGAUGUAGAUCCUCAAGCGAUAUCAUCUGCUCGUCACAAUGCUGCUCUAAACAACAUUGGAUCGGACAAGAUGCAGCUAGAGCUGGUCCCUAGCAAAUUGUGCCCUCAAACAACCAACGAAGGGAUAGACAAAGAUCCAGGACAGACCUUGGAUAAACAGGGACUCAUUUCGGCAACAGAGAAAUAUGAUGUAGUGGUUGCAAAUAUUCUCUUGAAUCCUCUGCUGGAGUGGGCAGAUCAUAUAGUAUCUUACGCCAAGCCAGGAGCAACCGUUGCUGUCUCCGGUAUCCUGUCUGACCAGCUCCCAUUAAUCAGAAGCCGAUAUUCUCGUUUCUUGGAAGACAUAUUGGUCUCGGAGCUGGAUGAUUGGGCAUGCUUGAGUGGCAGGAAAAGAUGAACUU